AUGAGACUGCCGCCCGUUUGGAGGCUCGCGUUAUACGCGACUGUGGUAACAUUUAUGAGUGCGUAUUACGAUUCAUGGAGUUCUACAACUACUAUGUUGGUGAGAUUCGGAGUAUACCGGGAUGUUUGUCCAGAAUCCACCUUCCCUCCCGAAUCUCCGGAGACACCGCAAUGCGAGGAACAGCUACAAAAGAUCAGUGCGCUAUUGAGUGUGUUCAGGAUAUCUGAGUUUGUAACGAGCAUCGGUGUUGGUGUGCUAAUGGACGUUGUGGGACCUAAGGCCUGUAUUUCAUUAGGUAUUCUCAUGCGUAUCAUCUCAUGGUUGUUACUGGUAUAUUUCACUAAUCACAACUGGGUUAUGAUUUUAUCAUGUGUGCUUUGUGGUAUAUCUGUUAAUGCCAUUGUUUUCCCCGUCUACACGAUAGCGCGUUACUGGCCAGCCUACCAGGAUAUGGCUAUGUGCGUGAUAUCGGCUUGUCUCUCUGCUGGAUGUUUCUACGUGCCUAUUGUAAACGCUAUAUUAUAUGUGAUGCCUCAUGCUGAUAUGCCAACAUUUGUAUGGAUCAAACUGUUGAUAACUCAUUUCCCUUGGUUCAUAGCCUCGUUAGUAGUCUUCCCGAACAACGUAGCCAAGGACGUGGAGUUGAACUUGAAAGUGAAAAAGUCUGAAAGUAAUGACUCCGUGAUUGUGGAUGCCGCUGAUGUAGUUUCCCCUUGGAACUUCAAGUCGUUCAUCAAGUACGUCAUCCAUCCCGAGGUGUUAGUGACCACUUGUGUGUUCAUCCUGAACUGUGUUUCCUUCACUUUUUCUCAAGAGGCCUUCACCCAGGUAUAUAUUGGAAACUCAACGGCUGAGUAUUUCAAUGGCGUAAUGGUCCCACUUUCUUUCCUCUUUUCGCUCUUGUUCAUGUUUGUGAUUAAUCAUCACGGUGUGGUUGUUGUAAUGUUGGGUAUCAACGUCGUGUCUAUGUUAGCUCACGUUUUCUUAUUGAGCUCUGCUACCAUUGCAGCCGUUUUCACGAGCAUCUGCAUAUCCAUAGCCUUCAGUGGUUUCAUAACGUAUUUCUUCAUUUUGCUUGAGCACAUUGUGGAGAUCACGUAUUCCGGGAGCAUUAAAGGUUUCCUUACUACUGUGGCUGGUAUUUCUUUGGCUAUGAAUCCUUUGAUGAACUACCUGAUCACACGCCACAACUCUAUGGCUGGCUGGCAGACUGCCUUCAUCGUCAUGCGUGCCAUGAUGGUAUUCCCUAUGUUAUGGCUUCUGAAGCGCGAAACCGAGCGUAGGAACAGCAAGUCAAAACACAAAGAGGUAGAGAUAGUACGUGUGAGUGCAGAUGCUUCAAGAAGGGAAUCUACCGCCUCGCAACAGAUGGAAGACACCGUCUCCACGGUGUCAGAAGAGACUGCCGUUCCUGUGCCCACAUCGGAAGAGGCAUCGGAGGUAACUACGGUGUGA